UUCGCCACAUUAAUCGCUAGAACUGCUAAAGACAUCGAUGUCCUCAUCGACUCACUUCCCAAUGAAGAAUCGACGCCUGAAUUGCAGAGUGCGGCUCUUCGACGUCUGGAACAGGAGAACAGCGAUUCGGCUCAACGUUUGACAGAGACUGUGAAACGGGGCGAAGAGUUGUUGGAACAGAUCCAGAAUGCGCUCCAAGACAUCGCUCAGUCGCAGCUGAAGAUGCAGUGCUUGCACUCGUCCACCGAUGACACCAACAGCGCAUCCAAUUCUCUCAAUAAUAAUUCUAAUAAUUAAUUUAU